CCCUUCUGGACGACGAGACUCGAUAGAGUUGCCUUCUGCUACGAUUCGGCGUGCCAAGUUCCCGAGAAAGACGAUGAGAAAGCUCCAAUUUGAAUCGCCAUUUUUUCCAGCUGUGUCAAUCUUUUUAUUUUUUACGCUCAUCAACUUCACUCCUUCUAACGCACUCUACGGACCGUCAUCACCUGUGGUUCAGCUCAAUCCCUCCAACUUCAAGUCCAAGGUCCUCAAUUCAAAUGGAGUUGUUCUUGUUGAAUUCUUUGCUCCUUGGUGCGGUCAUUGUAAGGCUCUAACUCCUACAUGGGAGAAAGCUGCUUCUGUCUUAAAGGGUGUAGCUACUGUUGCAGCACUUGAUGCUGAUGCUCACCAGGCCCUUGCUCAGGAAUAUGGGAUUAGGGGAUUUCCCACCAUAAAGGUCUUUACACCUGGAAAACCACCGGUAGAUUAUCAAGGAGCUAGAGAUGUCAAACCUAUUGCUGAAUUCGCUCUACAACAGAUAAAGGCUCUUUUGAAGGAACGUUUGAAUGGAAAGGCAACAGGGGGAACUGGUGGAAAGUCAGAAUCCAGUGCUUCUGUAGAGUUGAACUCUCGCAACUUCGAUGAACUGGUUCUCAAAAGCAAAGAACUUUGGAUUGUGGAAUUCUUUGCUCCUUGGUGUGGCCAUUGUAAAAAGUUGGCUCCUGAAUGGAAAAAAGCUGCUAAUAACUUACAAGGGAAGGUGAAACUGGGUCAUGUUGACUGUGAUGCAGAAAAGUCUUUGAUGAGCAGGUUCAACGUUCAAGGAUUUCCAACUAUAUUGGUAUUUGGUGCUGACAAAGAUACUCCAAUUCCAUAUGAAGGGGCAAGGACUGCCUCAGCUAUUGAAUCAUUUGCACUGGAGCAGUUGGAAACGAAUGUUGCACCACCUGAAGUGACUGAGCUGACGGGUCCGGAUGUGUUGGAAGAGAAAUGUGGUUCCGCUGCAAUCUGUUUUGUUGCUUUUCUUCCUGAUAUUUUGGAUUCCAAGGCUGAGGGGAGAAACCGUUACCUUCAACAAUUGUUGUCAGUUGCUGAGAAGUUUAAAAGGAGCCCUUACAGCUAUGUUUGGACAGCAGCAGGCAAGCAGCCAGAUCUUGAGAAGCAUGUGGGUGUUGGAGGCUAUGGUUAUCCUGCUCUUGUGGCUCUUAACCUCAAGAAAGCCGUAUAUGCUCCGCUCAAGAGUGCUUUUGAGCCCGAACACAUUGUUGAAUUUGUGAGAGAAGCCGGACAGGGCGGCAAGGGCAAUUUGCCCUUGGGAGGCUCACCUGCCAUUGUGAAGACAGAGCCAUGGGAUGGGAAGGAUGGAGAAAUAAUUGAGGAAGAUGAGUUCUCUCUUGAAGAACUGAUGGGGGAAGAUACUGCUUCUAGCAAGGAUGAGUUGUGAUAGGUGAAUAAAGAGAUAAUAUGGGAAGGUAAAACUUGAGGUCCUAGGCGAUUUUGAAGCCACAGGAGGAAACAUGCCAGCAUCUGCAAGAGUCCUUGUUUUCAUAUGAUUGAAUGGCCAGACAGGGAACGAAACGUAUUUAUUUGAUGACUGUGUUCACUUUUCGGUACUCUGAUUCAAUGGUCCUUGUUAAAAAAGGGAGGGUUUGUGACUUGUGAGGAGCAUCAUGUGUUUAUCUGAUUAUGACUGUUUCCUGUUGCUGCUGCGUGUGCUUACAAGGUAAGUGGUUUACACC